AUGCAAGAUGAAGCAAAGCACGAAAACACCAAAGGGCACUCGACCACUCAAAUCCCGGCCACUAUUCCUCCAUCUGUUCGAACUCCGGCUAACAGAGCAGCAGCUGCUUCUGUUACACACGUGCCCAAAACCUCUUCAGCUGGGAAGAAAUCAAAAGAUAGAUCGAAGAGAGCCGCGACAGAUGAUGACGAUGAGUUAUUGGAAUCGGUGUUAUUGGAACUUAAUUCAAAAGAAUUCGACGACUCAGAAGACAUUUAUGAUGAAAACAGUGAAGAAAAUAGUGACUUCUACAACUUGAUUGACCAAAUCGAAAAAAAGCAAAAAGACAUUUUUGAUGUCUAA